GUGUUUCUCCCAAGAUGGUGGCGCUGGGCUCGGGGUGACCACAGGAGACGACAGGGCUUUUUCCCCUUCGCCAGAACGCCGACACACCACCCCUUCGCUCGCUCGCGCAUCCCGCCGCAGCGUAGCCAUCCGCCGGCCUGGGCGCCCGCCAUCCGCCGCCUACUUAGGCUUCACCUCUGCCAGCCCAGCGCUCUCGGCUGCGGGCGGCGGCGCCUCCCGUGGCUCCUCCUCGGAAUAGCUUGCGGCCUAUAGCCACUGCGAGGAGGGCCCCGCAGCCCCCCGGUGUGGACAGGCAGCUGCUGCUGGCGACAAACGCCGGGAUUUCGGCGGCUCCGGUGUCCCCUUUCCCGGCCUCAGUUUCCAGAGAAGGAAGCGCGGGUCCCGCAUGAGCCCCGGCGGUGGCGGCAGCGAAAGGGAACGAGGCGGUGGCGGGCGGAGGCGGCGGGCGAGGGCGACGACGACCAGUGAGGCGGCCGCCGCUGCGAGGGCCGCAGCCCAGGCGCGGGGGCGACGACAGGUUAAAAAUCUGUAAGAGCCUGAUUUUAGAAUUCACCAGCUCCUCAGAAGUUUGGCGAAAUAUGAGUUAUUAAGCCUACGCUCAGAUCAAGUUAGCAGCUAGACUGGUGUGACAACCUGUUUUUAAUCAGUGACUCAAAGCUGUGAUCACCUUGAUGUCACCGAAUGGCCACAGCUUGUAAAAGUACCAGCAGGUUUAUUUUUUGUUUUGCAAGCCAGCUCUGCCUCCUUACAGUAUGACAUCUGAUGCUGGAGGGUCGCACUUUGAAAAAUGAGUCAGCUGGUACAUGGGGUUAUCAUCAAUUUUUAGCCCUUCUGUCUGGGAGAUACAAGUUUGGAAGCAAUCUUGGGGUACUUAAACCCACAAGGCUGGUGGAGACCAGAUCACCAGGAGAACCUCAGUCUGACGACAUUGAAGCUAGCCGAAUGAAGCGAGCAGCUGCAAAGCAUCUAAUAGAACGCUACUACCACCAGUUAACUGAGGGCUGUGGAAAUGAGGCCUGCACGAAUGAGUUCUGUGCUUCCUGUCCAACUUUUCUUCGUAUGGAUAACAAUGCAGCAGCUAUUAAAGCCCUUGAGCUUUAUAAAAUUAAUGCAAAACUCUGUGAUCCUCAUCCCUCCAAGAAAGGAGCAAGCUCAGCUUACCUUGAGAACUCGAAAGGUACCCCUAACAACUCCUGCUCUGAGAUAAAAAUGAACAGGAAAGGAGCUAGAAUUGAUUUUAAAGAUGUGACUUACUUAACAGAAGAAAAGGUAUAUGAAAUUCUUGAAAUAUGUAGAGAGAGAGAGGAUUAUUCUCCUUUAAUCCGUGUUAUUGGAAGAGUUUUUUCUAGUGCCGAGGCACUGGUACAGAGCUUUCGUAAAGUCAAACAACACACCAAGGAAGAGUUAAAAUCUCUUCAAGGAAAGGACGAAGACAAGGAUGAAGAUGAAAAGGAAAAAGCUGCAAGUUCUGCUGCUGCUAUGGAAGAAGAUUCAGAAGCAUCUUCCUCGAGGAUAGGUGAUAGCUCACAGGGAGACAACAAUUUACAAAAAUUAGGCCCUGAUGAUGUAUCUGUGGAUAUUGAUGCCAUUAGAAGAGUUUAUACCAGAUUGCUCUCUAAUGAAAAAAUAGAAACUGCCUUUCUCAAUGCACUUGUAUAUUUGUCACCUAAUGUGGAAUGUGACUUGAUGUAUCACAAUGUAUACUCCCGAGAUCCUAAUUAUCUGAAUUUGUUCAUUAUUGUAAUGGAGAACAGAAAUCUCCAUAGUCCUGAAUAUCUGGAAAUGGCUCUGCCAUUAUUUUGCAAAGCAAUGAGCAAGCUACCCCUUGCAGCCCAAGGAAAACUGAUUAGACUGUGGUCUAAAUACAAUGCAGACCAGAUUCGGAGAAUGAUGGAAACAUUUCAGCAACUUAUUACUUACAAAGUCAUAAGCAAUGAAUUUAACAGUCGAAAUCUAGUGAACGAUGAUGAUGCCAUUGUUGCUGCUUCGAAGUGCUUGAAAAUGGUUUACUAUGCAAAUGUAGUGGGAGGGGAUGUGGACACAAAUCACAAUGAAGAAGAUGAUGAAGAGCCCAUCCCUGAGUCCAGUGAAUUGACACUUCAGGAGCUUUUGGGAGAGGAAAGAAGAAACAAGAAAGGUCCUCGAGUGGACCCACUGGAAACUGAACUUGGUGUUAAAACUCUGGAUUGUCGAAAACCACUUAUCCCUUUUGAAGAGUUUAUUAAUGAACCACUGAAUGAAGUUCUAGAAAUGGAUAAAGAUUAUACUUUUUUCAAAGUAGAAACAGAGAACAAAUUCUCUUUUAUGACAUGUCCCUUUAUAUUGAAUGCUGUCACAAAGAAUUUGGGAUUAUAUUAUGACAACAGAAUUCGUAUGUACAGUGAACGAAGAAUCACUGUUCUCUACAGCUUAGUUCAGGGACAGCAGUUGAAUCCAUAUCUGAGACUCAAAGUCAGACGUGACCAUAUUAUAGAUGAUGCACUUGUUCGGCUAGAGAUGAUUGCUAUGGAAAAUCCUGCAGACUUGAAGAAACAGUUGUAUGUGGAAUUUGAAGGAGAACAAGGAGUUGAUGAGGGAGGUGUUUCCAAAGAAUUUUUUCAGCUGGUUGUGGAGGAAAUCUUCAAUCCAGAUAUUGGUAUGUUCACAUAUGAUGAAUCUACAAAAUUGUUUUGGUUUAAUCCAUCUUCUUUUGAAACUGAGGGUCAGUUUACUCUCAUUGGCAUAGUACUCGGUCUGGCUAUUUACAAUAACUGUAUACUGGAUGUACAUUUUCCCAUGGUUGUCUACAGGAAGCUAAUGGGGAAAAAAGGAACUUUUCGUGACUUGGGAGACUCUCACCCAGUUCUAUAUCAGAGUUUAAAAGAUUUAUUGGAGUAUGAAGGGAAUGUGGAAGAUGAUAUGAUGAUCACUUUCCAGAUAUCACAGACAGAUCUUUUUGGUAAUCCAAUGAUGUAUGAUCUAAAGGAAAAUGGUGAUAAAAUACCAAUUACAAAUGAAAACAGGAAGGAAUUUGUCAAUCUCUAUUCUGACUACAUUCUCAAUAAAUCAGUGGAAAAACAGUUCAAGGCUUUUCGGAGAGGGUUUCAUAUGGUAACCAAUGAAUCUCCCUUAAAGUACCUAUUUAGACCAGAAGAAAUUGAAUUGCUUAUCUGUGGAAGCCGGAAUCUAGAUUUCCAGGCACUAGAAGAAACUACAGAAUAUGACGGUGGCUAUACCAGGGACUCUGUUCUGAUUAGGGAGUUCUGGGAAAUCGUUCAUUCAUUUACGGAUGAGCAGAAAAGACUCUUCUUGCAGUUUACAACGGGCACAGACAGAGCACCUGUGGGAGGACUAGGGAAAUUAAAGAUGAUUAUAGCCAAAAAUGGCCCAGAUACAGAAAGGUUACCUACAUCACAUACUUGCUUUAAUGUCCUUUUACUUCCGGAAUAUUCAAGCAAAGAAAAACUUAAAGAGAGAUUGUUGAAGGCCAUCACAUAUGCCAAAGGAUUUGGCAUGCUGUAAGACAAAGCAAACAAAAAAAAGGAAGGAAGAAAAAAAAAGAAAAAAAAUUUAAAAAUUUAAUAAAUAUAACAAGAGGGAUAAAUUUCUGGUGGUGAUAGUGUCCCAGUACAAAAAGGCUGUAAGAUAGUGAACGACAGUAGUCACCUAUGUCUGUGCCUCCCUUCUUUAUUGGGGACAUGUGGGCUGGAACAGCAGAUUUCAGCUACGUAUAUGAACAAAUCCUUUAUUAUUAUUAUAAUUAUUUUUUUGCGUGAAAGUGUUACAUAUUCUUUCACUUGUAUGUACAGAGAGGUUUUUUCUGAAUAUUUAUUUUAAGGGUUAAAUCACUUUUGCUUGUGUUUAUUACUGCUUGAGGUUGAGCCUUUUUGAGUAUUUAAAAAAUAUAUACCAACAAAACUACUCUCCCAAGGAAAAUAUUGCCACCAUUUGUAGACCAUGUAACCUUCAAGUAUGUGCUAUUUUUGUCCCUGUAUCUAACUCAAAUCAGGAACUGUAUUUUUUUUUAAACGAUUUGCUUUUGAAACUUGAAGUCUUGGAAACAGUGUGAUGCCAUUACUGCUGUUCUAGCCCCCAAAGAGUUUUCUGUGCAAAAUCUUGAGAAUAAAUAAAGAUGGAAGGGAGAAUUUGGAAUGUUUUAAUUGCAGCCCUCAGAACUUUAGUAACAGCACAACAAAUUAAAAACAACCCAUGCCACAGUAUGUUGUCUUCAUGUGUCUUGCAAUGAACUGUAUCAGUAGCCAGUCCUCUUUCUUAUAUUCUUGUUGUUGUUGUUGUUUUAAGUUUACUGGGGAAAGUGCAUUUGGCCAAAUGAAAUGACAGUCAAACCUACUGCAACAACAUUAGAAAGUUUGUUGUUUAUUAUAAACAAAAAGCAUGUGAAAGUGCACUUACAAUAAACUUUUUAUUAAUUAACUUGUUACCUAGAUUUUAAAUAGACAAUCCAAAGUCUCCCCUUCAUGUUGCCAUCAUCUUAUUUAAUCAGCCAUUUUAUCAAGGCACAUGAUCAGUGUUGCAACCUAAUGGAAAGGAUGGCUACUGUGCCUUGUUUUACUUAAUCAUACAAUAAGCUGACCUGGAACUAAAUGGAACUAUUACUCCUAAGAAUUACAUUGUAUAUCUCCAAAGGUUAAAUUUUACUUCAAAAAGUGUUAAAGAUUACUUUCAUGUACUGUGGAAAAGUACAAAUAGAUUUAAAUUACUGGAUAUUCAGAAGUAAGUAGUUUCCCCUUUCCUAGUCUUCUGUGUCUGUGAUAUUAAUUUCUUUUAUUGCAUUACAAAAUAAAAGGAUUAUGUAUUUUUAACUAA